GUCGCUCAAUCUUCCGGAAGCGUACCUUGGCCCUAGUAAGAGAGAGAGAGGGAGAGGGAGAGGGAGAGAGAGCGUGUGGAUGUUUCCCCCCCCCUUGUAUGCAUAAUACGGGCUGUUAUACGUCGACCGUGGAUAUGGACCAUGAGCCCAAAGGUCGGCCCGAUGGAUGGUCUGUGUAAUUAUAUGCAUGCAAGAAGCAUUGUCCCACGAUUCAAGAACCCGCCUCCGAUAUUUCUGUUCUGUACUCCGUACCCCGUUGAGAUUGUUCCUCUGACGCUUUCUUUCCUUGAUUACUUUGUCUCGGUCAGAAGCCGAAGGCUUCGUCGUCGCAUAUCGGCCGGGUUAGUAAGAUCUUAUUCAUGAAGGGAUUUUUUGUCGGUUACCAUUGUUCUGGUCCCUGAACAAAGGAUUCAAGAGACAUUCGGAAUGCUCCCUCGGCCUAAAUCCCUUGACCCAUUGAUGGUGUAUGGGUACGAUGUUCGGGAUGUAGACUACCAACCAGAGAGUGUGAUUAGGGUGCGGUUCUCAGUUCCAUUAUUUUGCAUCUUUGAAACAGACCAUCCGGCACGGUCAUUGGCGGAGUUUACUCCCAAAUACGGCCGAACGGGUACUUUAAGUGGAAUCCUCGAAUUUGGAUCUAAGCUCAUGAAGGAAAAGUACUA